CAGCAGCGCCAGAAUUGGGCUGCCCGUCUGUGGUGGGGCAAGAAUUGAGCCCAAAACUGCUGUCUCUGAGACGAGGGUUGAAAGGAGUGGAAUAGCUGAAGAGCUGGGGGUUGAGGGGAUGUCGACUGGAGAGAGAAAUUUUGGCAUCUGUGUGAGUGAGGCCGUGGGGAUUUGACAGUCUGGGCUUUUUAUGGUCAUCCUCCCAGCUAGCCGAGUUUUCGAGAUUGAAGCUCGAGUUAGCCCAGACAAGUCACCCUCUCCUUUGAUUAAGGUGAUAGUAGAAAAGGCUCCUAAAGCUCGGAUAGGAGAUCUGGACAAAAAGAAAUACUUGGUGCCUUCUGAUCUCACAGUUGGUCAGUUCUACUUCUUGAUCCGGAAGCGAAUACAUCUCCGAGCUGAGGAUGCCUUGUUUUUCUUUGUCAACAAUGUCAUUCCACCCACUAGUGCCACUAUGGGUCAGCUAUACCAGGAACACCACGAAGAAGACUUCUUUCUAUACAUUGCCUACAGUGAUGAAAGUGUCUAUGGUCUGUGAAGCUGCUGCCCCUGAGGUGGGGGGUCCCAUUCCACAAAGAGAGAGAUGGCACCCUUUUCUUGACCUCCACCUCCUUCAGGCUCAUACACACCACCUCCCUUCUUUGGGACCUGCACUUCUUAAUGUUUGAGGCUCUUUCUCCAGCCCCUCUUAGCAGGAGGGGUAAUGGUGGACAUGACGUCUUGUACCUCUCCUUUCUCCCCUUUCCCCACCUUUCUUUGUCCUCCAUCCUGACUCCACUUUAGACUUUUGAUUGUCAAUCUCUGUCACCUCCAGUGAUUGUUUUGGUUUCUGUUCCUUUCUAACUGCCCAGGGGGCUCAGAACCCCAACAAUCCCUUCCUUUCAUUACCUUCUUUUUGGGGGGUAGAUGGAAGGGCCUGAAAUUGUCGGGGGAAGGUAGGAGGCACAUCAAUAAAGAGGAAACCACCAAGCUGAACUGAA